AUGCCGGAUGUCAAUGGCACCAUGCACAACUGCAGCUAUCGAUAUACAAUGAAUGAUCAGCAGACAUCAUUCGCGAGAUGGGUAGAUGGCCCGUGUACAGCAUUUGCUGCUGUAUUGGCGUUGACGGGUACGGUAUUCGCCGCCAAAUUUCUCCUCAAAGCCGGUCUCAACAAACAUCUCACUGCUGCCCUAUUCUCCCUUUGCGUGGUUGAUUCCCUUCUGAUGUGUACUGUAUUGAUGUUCUAUUCGAUCGAGGCGAUUGGAAUGAUCUUUUUAGGAACGAAUAUUAUGUAUCAACACCAAGCAUUUACAACAUCAUUACAUGGCGUCGCAUCGUCAAUGACCACAUCUUCAACAAUGUUGGUCAUCUACAUCUCCCUCCAACGAUGUAUGGUGGUGAUGAGACCAUUACGAUAUGCAAAUACCCUGCAAGAGAGGAGCAAUAGAAAGCCAUCGUCGGCCGAUUCUGCGCAAUUGCUGCCAGCACUUACCCCAAUCGAUUUUGUGCGUGAGCUGCCGUUGAGGAAGAUACUGAAACCGUACUUGAUGCCCAUGUUCGUGGUGCUGCUCUCAUUCGCGAUCAACAUCCCGGUCCAUUUCGAGUUUGUGGUAGAGCCAUGUUGGGAUGAUGAACAUCAACAGGAAGCGUCAUGCCCUAAUCCGACGCUGUUCCGAGGGGAUUACGCCCGUAUCAAAGCCGUUCUGAAUACGCUGACGCAAACAGUCGGUCCAGUGGCUGUGAUCUCUGUAUUGACUCUUCUCACGGAAAUGAAGGUCCACAGAAGUCUGAAGGAGAGGAGAAAGUUAUUCGAAAGCCAGAAGCGGUCUCGAUCUGUGGUUUUGACGGAAGAAUUGAAGGAGAAAGUCUCGCGUACCGUAUCCAUCUUUAUCGCCGUCAAAUUCUUGAUAUUACGUUCGAUGCCAGUGUUCUUUGAUAUUUGGGAGAAUGUGCACGGGAUCGAUUCGUUCGGAGUCGUGCUCUCAAUUCUCGUUCGACUAUCCGAUUUA